CCACCAUUAAAGAUAAAAUAACGAAUCUAAUAUGGCUGCGCCCAUGGCAUGGAUGUCAAGUAUGCACACUAUUUAUGUCGCCAUUGUCCAGUCAUUAUCAAACAGACUGCAAAUGAUGUCAAUUUAACAUUAGUCGACCAGCUACGUUCAACGUCUCUGCCCCCAUCUACAAGUUAUCGACACUGGAUAACCUGCAUCAUGGAACAAGGCAUUAUCAGACGCAGUCAAAGGAUGCAACGUUCGUUGUGAGUGGCGAGCUGCAUGGUCAAUGUUACUGUACGUUAUGUCCUUCACAAUAGAAACGUGGCAUUGUCUGUCUUCUGAAAACCUUGAAUAAGGAGUUGACACUCAAUUAUCAUCAUAAAAUGUACCCUUCAAAAGCAGCAGUUGAAGUGAUCCAGUUGGGUCGUAUUUCCUAUGGGCGUGCAUUACAGGUACAGCAACUCUAUGUCAGGAGACAUCUGGAUUCUAAAGACAAAUUGCACAAUGCGCUGCUAUUAUGUGAACACCCGCCAGUCUACACCAUUGGAAUCAGACAGGCACUAUACCCAUUCGAAGAGGAGCAAAGACUCAAACUCCUUGGUGCUGAAUUCUUUCGUAGCAACCGUGGCGGACUCAUAACUUUCCAUGGUCCAGGGCAGUUGGUGUGCUACCCAAUACUCAAUUUGGGCUGCUUCAAGAAAAGCGUGCGAUGGUACGUGUGUGAGCUGGAGAGGACUGUCAUCAACCUUUGCAGAAAGUAUGGGAUAAAAGCAUCCACCUCCCCAAACACUGGGGUCUGGGUUGGAGACAACAAGAUAUGUGCCAUAGGAAUCCAUUGUGGGAGAUACAUAACAUCUCAUGGCUUGGCACUGAACUGCAACACAGAUAUGGGCUGGUUUGAAAACAUUGUGCCAUGUGGGAUUGUAGGGAAAGGUGUCACAUCCCUCAGUCAAGAACUGGGAAGAGAUGUCUCUAUUGAAGAAUCCAUCCCACCACUGCUGGAAACUUUCAGUGAUCAGUUUGACUGCACACUGCAUCAUGGAGAAUAUUCUAAUAAUGAAUAAACACUGCUCGAAUCGAUGGACCAGAGCUCAGAUAGAGGCCCUAUUGCAGGAUAGGCAAGUGGAGGAGCUGAGGCUUAGGCUGUGCUGCAGGAUGGCAUUUGGGACGGCAGGGCUGAGGGCAGCCAUGGGCGACGCUUUGCCCUCAUUAAGGAUAUGACAAUCAUCCAGUCCACACAGGUUAAUAAUAGUUUCCUUCUCUGAGCAAGUUAUGUUAAAGGUAUAGACUCACUCAGCUAUAUGACAUUGUGUACAGCGGAGCGACUUCCUGGUUACAGAUCAACAACAACCAAAUUGGAAGAGCUGAGGUCCUCGGUGGCAGUAAAUUAUCAACCUUGGGUUUAUACAGUGCAUUCGGAAAGUUUUCAGACCCCUUGACUUUUUCAACAUUUUGUUAGUUUACAGCCAUAU